CCACAGUCGCGUUCCGGCGACGUAGCGAUACGCACUACGAGACACAAGCCACGAGCUACGAGCUACGAGAUAAAGGAAUAGCAGCGGAAGCACAAACACAAUCGUUAUGGAGUUUCUAAGCGCACAGUGUGCCGCUCGUUCUGCGGGACCGGCCAAUACUUUGAUGUCCUUGCUGCUGCACACGCUCAUAGCCAAAUACUGUGACCUUAGCGGACAGCAGCAGUGGCCAGCCGAUCAUGGAGAUUGGCUGGAUCAGGGUGGCGACUUUACAGGACAUGACUAUGACUUUAUUGUAGUGGGUUCGGGCACAUCCGGCGCUGUGGUGGCUGGCAGGCUAGCCGAGCAUGCUGACUGGCGUGUUUUGUUACUGGAAGCGGGCGGUGAUCCACCCAUUGAGACGGAAUUCGUCGGCUGGCACAUGGCUACCCAGUUCUCGGCCUGGGACUGGCAGUACCACACACAGCCCAGUGGACGCGCCUGUAUGGCCAUGCAGGGCGAGAGCUGCCACUGGCCACGAGGAAAAAUGCUGGGCGGCACCAAUGGUAUGAAUGCUAUGAUCUAUGCCCGUGGUACACGUGAAGAUUUCGACGAUUGGGAGCGACGAGGUAACCCCGGCUGGGGCUACGACGAGGUCAUGAAACAUUUCCGCAAAGCUGAGGAUCUGCGCUCCACGCGCACAGACUACGUGCCUGGCGAUCAUGGUGUAGGUGGACCCAUGAUCAUUAAUAACUAUGUCUCCGACAACGAGUUCCGCUCGACCAUACGGGCAGGCAUGGCGGAGUUGGGUUACGGCAGUGCGGCCGACUUUACCGAGGGCUCCUUUGUCGGCCAGAUCGACAUACUUGGCACCCAAGACGGUGGACGUCGAAUUACCACGGCACGCUCCCAUCUAAGCAAGGAUACGCCCAAUCUCCAUAUUAUACGCCAUGCGCACGUCAAGCGUCUGAAUCUGAAUGCGAAAAAGCGUGCCGAGAGCCUUACAUUCGUGCACCGUAAUGGCAAGGAGUACACGGUACGCGCCCGCAAGGAAAUUGUGUUGUCAGCUGGUGCCAUCGGCACACCCCAGCUGCUAAUGUUGUCGGGCAUUGGACCGGCCGCUCACCUCAAGUCUGUGGGCAUACCCGUCCAACUGGAUCUGCCCGUGGGCCGCAAUUUGAAGGAUCACGCCAGUCUGCCCGUCAUCUUUCAGAUUGACAAGUCAACGGCACGCAAGCCCACCGAAGAGGAGCUGGUGGAUGCCAUGUAUAACCUGCUGAUGGGCCGGUACAGCAAGCUGUUGCAUCACGAGGCCACUGCAUUGACGGGCUUCAUCAACACCACGUCCAUACACGGCCCCAAUCCAGACAUACAGACCACGAACUUCUUCAGCUUGAUGCAGAGUCCGGAGCUGCGCGGCUAUGUCGCUGCCACUGGCUUCAAUGAGCGCGUGGCUAAAAGCAUUUUGGCCGCCAACGAACACUCCAACACCUACAUCACCUACUUGCUCCAUCUGAAGCCCUUCUCGGCCGGCAGUAUCGAGCUGCAGAGCAACAACUUCCUGGACGCACCGCUAAUACAUCCCGGCUAUAUGACCGAUGAGCGAGACGUGGACACCUAUAUUCGUGCCCUCAACAUUUAUAAGCGUCUGCCCGAGACCCAGGCGUUUGGAGAGCGCGAGAUGGCGCUGCACAAGCUCGAUCUAGACGCCUGCAACAGACUCACCUACCAGUCGGACGACUAUUGGCGCUGCUAUAUUCGUCACAUGACCACAACAGUGUACCAUCCGGUAGGAACAGCACGCAUGGGUCCGGCCAGCGAUCCCACCGCUGUGGUCGACGCACGACUGCGUGUUCAUGGCGCCAAGGGACUGCGCGUCAUGGACGCCAGCAUUAUGCCCGACAUUGUGGCGGCCAACACCAAUGCAGCCUGCAUCAUGAUCGGCGAGAAGGGCGCCGACAUGAUCAAGGAGGAUUAUCUGCAGCAGCACACAGAGCUUUAAAUUUUCGAGCAUACCCAUUAACGAACUAGUGCAUUGUAUUUUUUUUUUUAUUGAUUAAAGAAUUGUUAAAAGUAGCUUUUUUAUCGCUUUAUUUAGCAAAUAUACGAACCUAUUACUCACAAAA